UUUAUGUACUCGCGUUCAUCACUGGGAGAGGAAGGAGAAUGAGGAAGUGGUUGGAGCAGGACUGUACUUGGAGAUGUAACUACCAAUGCAGCAGCAGCUGUCAGGACAUUACUACCUAGGCAGCUAGAUAAUAGUACUAUUUGACAAUGCGAUGGGUAACUGCUGGGGAUACUGCGUUGGGCUCUUCAGGAGAGAGGCCAACAGGAUCCAGAGAGGAGGCGGGUCAAAAUACUUCCGAAGCAGCACCACAGGGGAACAUUAUACAAUAGAGUUUGAAAAUCUGGUCGAAAGUGAUGAGGCCGAGAGCCCACAGCCCUGCCCGAGGCCGAUCAGUGAAGAUGAGCUCAAACACCUCAAAGAGCAGCGCUACACCGCGCUCUCAGACAGGCAGAUCCUGAUCGACCAGAAGAUACAAUCGGAGUUAGAAGCACAAGAGGAGAAGUUAAGGCUAGAAGAGGAGGCUAGAAUUGCUGCCCAGCGUGAGGCCGCCAGGUUGGCGCGUCAGCGAAACUUGAAGGAGCAGCUGCCUGCCCAGAGGACACGGGGGAAAGCAGAUGGCUCCGGCGGUGAAACUCAGCAAAGAAAACAAAACGCGGGCCAGGAUUUUGACGUCUACCUCCAGAAUGUGAAAGCCCAGUCGGACUCUUUCAGGGGCAACAGACUGCCGUCUGACACCAACGUGGUGACCCCCAACACGGAGUGCAGCUGGGACUUCACCACCAAGACCCGCUCCACCAACGAUGACGGGACCUCCCUGGAUCUAGAGUGGGAAGACGAGGAAGGAAUCAAUCGUGCACUUCCAGCCUGGGAGAGGUCCCGGACGGAGGAGGACAUCCUCCGCGCGGCCCUGCGGCCUGGCGCCAAGCCGCUGACCAGCGGCCCGACCUCGGCCUCCGAGGACUCCACCGCGCUGGAGUGGGAGAAUGACUUUGUGAGUAGCCUUCCAGAGGACAACGCAGACACUGAAUUUGAGGGAUUUGUCAAUCCUGUCCUAGACACUCCCUCUGAGGACGCCUUGGACCGUAGCCUCAGCUUGGACAAUCAGGACAGAUAGUGUCCAGCACCAAAGGAGACGUUUGUUGUGUCCACUUCAUGUCAAAGCUCACCAGCUUUUUGCCUCAUGAAAUGAAAUGUACCUACUGCUCCUCAUAUCUUCUGUAAUAUGAGAGUGGGAUGCUGCUUAGGAAUAUGUUGUGUGUGUUACUACAGUAAAACGUAGUGACGUCUUUAUCAAAUACUCAUUUUUUUCCAGUGCCUUCAUUUGCCGACCAUUUAUGCAUUGUAACUUGAACAGAUCAGUUAGCAUCCACUACCAUUUGACACAUUGUUCAGUAAGUGCUUGUUGUCAAUGUCCAGAGUCCAGGUGAUGCUACAGAAAAGGCCAAGGUACUCUAAAGCAAAAGCAGAUUGGGAAUUUAGUGGCUGUGUGUUAAAAA